CUCUUGUUUAUAUUACUGGUAACCAGUCUUUUUUUAUUGCUUGUAAUCUCUGACAGAGCAUUUUAUUUGAAGAAGUUAAUUGAAAUUCAUCAUUGCAAUUUGUGAUAAUGUCCUCCAAAGUAGCUAUAGUCACUGGAAGUAACAAAGGUGUCGGCUUCGGCAUCGUUAGAGGUCUAUGUAAGAAAUUCGAUGGAGAUGUAUACUUAACCGCAAGGAAUCAGCAGCGGGGUGAAGCAGCAGUCGAGCUGUUGAAGAAGGAGGGUCUGUCUCCCAAAUUUCAUGUCCUAGAUAUUGACAACGAAGAAACGAUCAUGAAAAUCAGGGACUUUUUGAAGGAGAAAUAUGGAGGAUUGGAUUUAUUAGUUAAUAAUGCCGGGAUCGCCUAUAAAGGAAAUGCCACUGAACCAUUCGGAGAACAAGCCGAAGUUACAUGCAAAACAAAUGUAUACUCAACCAUCCGAGCUUGCGAAAUUCUAUUUCCUAUACUGAAACCGAAAGCGAGAGUGGUUCACUUAUCGAGUCUGGUUUGUCUAAUGUCUUUCUCGAAGUCUAAACCGAAUAUUCAAUCAUCCUUUCGAAACGCUAAAACGAUUGACGACGUGAAGAAGCUGAUAAGCGAUUUCGUUGAGGCCGCCAAAAGCGGCAAUCACCUCGAAAAAGGCUGGCCUAAUACGGCUUAUGGUGUAUCAAAAAUGGGUGUAAGCGCCAUUACUCACAUACAGCAAAAAGAGUUUGAUAAGGAUGGCAGACAUAUUAUUGUAAAUUCAUGCUGCCCGGGAUAUGUCGAUACUGAUAUGACUAGCCAUAAAGGCGUGAAAACCAUAGAUGAAGGCGCACAGACCCCAUUAUGGCUAUCGCUUAUGGAUGAAAAUUCCCAAGUAUAUCCAAGGGGAGAAUUUUGCCAAGAGAUGAGAAUUUCCAAAUGGAUGGCAUAG